AUGGGCGGUAUGAGAAGAGCGCGAGAGACAGACGUGAGGGUCUCAGUGAAGAUCAGAGACGAUGAAGAUGGCGAGGAGGAAGAGGAGGAAGAGGAGAAGGAGGAGAAGGAGGAGAAGGAGGAGAAGGAGGAGGGAUCGCGCGGGGACGAGUUUGUGAAGUGUCUUCCGUUUGAGAACAGCAUACAGCUCAAGCAUGCAGUCCACGAGAGGACGAUCAUGCAGUUCAGCAACGUGUACGCAGCAGACUCUUCACAGGCCCUCGUGUUUCAGGGAGUGUGCAGUCACCUAGUCAGCGAGGCGCUAGAGGGCAGAAGUUCGUGCGUCGUUGUCGCAGGCUCCCAGCAUGCGGGCAAGACUUUCGCUCUUGUUGGGACCGUCGACGACGUUGUUGACAUGGGCCUCAUCGAGAGAUUCAUCACCAAAGUUGUUGACAGCAGUCAGGUGGCCAAGAGUGUAGUCAGAGUGAGGUUGCAGGCCAUGCUGGCUGACCACAUGGAGAGUCGCGACCUCUUCGACCGGCGAUCACUGAUCGACUCAUCUCUCAGCUCUAAGGAGUUUUCCACUGUCUUGUCACGCAGAGCAGCCGAAAGCUUGAAGGAUGUGAGGGCCCUGUUGAAGAAGGUUGCUGCUUCCUUGAGGGAGAGCACAUCCCACGAUCUGAUCCUCCACCUCACGUUCGAGAAGACAACGGGCUCUUCCUCGAGAGAAAUCCUCUCCAGCGUGACGUUUGUGGAGCUUCAGAUCCGUGAGGACGCUUCCCGGGCCGCUCUCUGUAACUUUGACAUGGUCUCACGAGUGAUCGGUAUGAUGAAGGCAAGGAGAAAGUUCAGGGACGCGGAGGAGGCGCUGGAGCACAUUCUUGGGGACGAUGAGGACGAUGCCCGGCCCUUGGGUUACUCUUCAUCCUUCUUCAAGUACUUCUGUCACAGCAUGCAGCAUGUCUCAUCUGUUUCUGCGCUCGUCCUUCUCUCGUCCUCGUCUCGACAUUCACGUUCUGCCCUGUGCUCUCUGGAUUUUGCCAGGGUGUGCAUGGGCAGCAAACCAGCGAAAGGAGACGGAAGGAGAAGCAAGUUCAGGGAGAGAACUCAGGUGGGCAUGUCAAGUAAAGAUGUCAGCACCAACAAUGAGGAGGAAGCAUACAGUCAUUCUGUUCGACACAGCAGUCCCUCCAUGAGGAGUUCGAGAGGGAGGUUGAAGAGCUCAGAUCUUGAUGGCGGGACGAAGGUGUCAAGGCAGGAGGCGGGUGAGAGUAUGAGGGAGGAGCAUGAGAUGCUGAAGGCAAAGUUCGGAGAGGCGAUCGAGAUGAUUGAGAAGCUGAAGAGUGAGAAGGUCUUCCUAGAAGCAAAGUGCGAGGCGCUGAUCAACAGGGUAUCGAGAGAGCAAAGUGCGCUGAUAUCCGAACGAAAUUCCCUCCGGGUGGAAGUGUUCUCCUUCAAGGAAGAGCUGAAAGGACUUUCCCGCAGCCUCAUGGACAAGAACUCAAGGGAGAAGGUUUGCUCAGAGUGCCUGAUGAUGAGGAGCAAGGUGGAGGACGGGGAAGCCAAGAUUUUCCAACUUGAACAUGAGCUGAAGGAGAUGGAGAAGAAGACGGUAUUUGACAGACUGCACGCAAAGAGUUCAAAGCCUUCUUCUCCUCAGCGCUGCGAGACUUGCCUCAACAUGACAAGGCACGUCCGGAAGCUUUCCAAGGAGAAAGUGGAGCUGUCAAACGCAAUCUCGUCCCUGAGAGCUGAGAAGGAAUCGGUUGAGCGGAGGCUGGUGGACGUGGAGAGAUUGAGCUCGGAGAGGGACAAAGAAGUUUCGCAGGUCGUCGGGAGGAAAGAUGCAGACAUUGCCGAGUUGCUGAACGCCAAGAAGAGAAUGGAAGAGACGAGGGUGGAGAUGGAGAUGGAGAUGGAAAAACUGACGUCGAGUUUGGAGAGUGAAAGGCGUAAGUGCGAACAGCUGGAACAGGAGGCUGAGAAGCUGAAGAACAGGUCUGCAAAGUUGGAGAGGAAGUUGGAAGAGGAAAAGGAGAAUCUGGAAAACACUCAGAAGAUGUUGGAAGAGGCGGAGCAGGCAAUCAGGUCGAUGGAGCUGGAACUGAAGCAGACUGAAAAGAAAUUUUCUGCAUCGGCGAGGGAUCUGUCUCACAAAGAGGUGUCAAUUGAGAAGAUGAGCGUGCAGAUGGAGAUGAUGGAGGAGGAGUUGAAGGAACUGAAGUCGAGGCACGACAAGGUUUGCUCGGCAAGGAAGGUGGAGCAGAAAGAAGCGCGGAGGUUGGAAUCGGAGUUGAGGGAGAAGGAGAAGAUGGUUGAAGAAAGAGAGAACAGGAUUCAAGAGCUCACGACUGAGCUGAAGGAUGCAAAGACAGAAUCCAAGAGCGCUAGAGCAAACGAACAGAACUUGAGAGGCUGCCUGAAGUCGUCGGAGGAGUCCGUCGCCGAUCUCAAAUGCCAGCAUGAAGAGCUGCUGAACAGACAUGAGGAGCUGGAAGAUGACUUAAAGGAUCAGCAGGACGAGAACAAGAGAUUGAAGUCGAGCUUGAAGGAAUGUCGUGUAGAGAAGGAGAAAGUUCAAGAGGAGUUAAAGAAGAUGGUCGCCGACCUCGAAAGAAGCAAACAAGCAGAAGCGAAGCUCCGUGACAAGGUCGAAAAUUUGAAGGAGAAGGUGAAGAAGGUUCUUUGCAUCUCCUCUUGA